CUCGCGUGCUUCGUGCCUGGAGGCGCUGCUGCUCUCGGGGCUGUUCCUGGUCGGGGCACGGAGCAGAACAGCUGCUGGAAGUGGAGCUCAAUGAUGGGUACAGGGAGGAUCCGUACGCCCCGACGGAGGCGGCCAUGUUGGAGAUCCGCAGCCGCCGCAUUGAGAUCUACAGCGCCAGGUUACGGCUGCACGCACGGCUCAGCGGGAUCCGCUACGUGCUGUACCACUUCCCGCUGACGUCGGCCAUGUUGGGCAUCGCCACCAACUUCACCGUCAUGGCCGCCAUCGUCCUGCUCAGCUGCAUCCGGGGAGGGGCAUUAUGGCCCCAGCCCCAACCAGUGCCAAUACGACGACUACAACGUGCUCCGGUAAGGCUGGUGGGUUAUGGGGAGGGUGAGAUGUGGGGCUGGGGGGGGUAUAUGGGGCUGGGUGGAGUGAUGGGAUAA